GUCACUUCCGGGCGCGGCGGUCCCAGGUCUGCUCACAUUGCCCCUUCGGGAAACGGCUCUGGUGGCUGCACCGCGUUGGCCGGCCAAGGCGGGGAGCAGCUGCCUUUGGAAGUAGCGUCACGUGAUCUCGGUGCCCUGGGAGGCGUGGGAGAGGCCGGCUUCCGUCCCUGGCCGCGCGGGUCGAAUCGCCGGGCCCGCCGAGGUAUGUAAUCCCAUCUACUCUGGAGGCUGAGGUGAGACGGUCACAAGUUCAAGGCCUAUACUGCAGAUCAAGCUCAAGUCCAGCCUGGAUAGUGAAUUCUGAAGAAGACAAUGAAUUGCGUGUUAGUUGUUCUCUAAGUGUUUGGACUCAGCAUUGUGCAGGUUUGUUGCCAAGUCUGAAGAGGAUGGCAACCCCUUAUGUCCCAGUUCCUAUGCCCAUAGGAAACUCUUCUAGUUUUACAACCAACAGAAAUCAAAGGAGUUCUUCCUUUGGCAGCGUCUCAAGUUCAAACUCUUCCAGAGGCCAGACUGAAGACUCAAGCAUGGGUAACUGUAAGCAGACAAGCACUCUUGAGCAGAUGGAUGGUGCUUCCUCUGUCUGUAGCAGUCCUCUCAUUAGGACUAAGUUCACAGGUACAGAUUCAGCCAUUGAGUAUUCGAGCAGACUGAGAGAAACUGAAGAACCAAGCCCCGAAACAGUAAAUUGGGAAGAGAGACCAUCUACACCCACAAUACUAGGUUAUGAGGUUAUGGAAGAAAGAGCCAAAUUUACUGUAUAUAAAAUACUAGUAAAGAAAACCCCAGAAGAGAGCUGGGUGGUUUUUAGAAGAUACACGGACUUCUCUAGGCUUAAUGACAAAUUAAAGGAGAUGUUUCCAGGCUUUCGAUUGGCACUUCCUCCAAAACGCUGGUUUAAAGAUAAUUACAAUGCAGACUUUUUAGAAGAUAGACAACUGGGAUUACAAGCAUUUCUUCAGAAUUUAGUAGCUCACAAGGACAUUGCUAACUGCCUUGCAGUGAGAGAAUUCCUUUGUCUGGAUGAUCCACCAGGUCCAUUUGAUAGCCUAGAAGAAAGCAGGGCUUUCUGUGAGACUUUGGAAGAGACUAACUAUCACUUACAGAGAGAACUGCUGGAAAAGCAGAAGGAGGUAGAGUCCCUGAAGAGGCUGCUCCGGGAGAAGCAGCUCCGUGUGGACGCCCUGGAGAGCAGAGUCAGAUCAUUGUCUUUAGAAUCUGAAGAAUCCCUACAUGUGUCAGGAAUCAAAGAUGGACAGAUGCUAAGGGUGGAGUCCUCUGCACGCGCUGUUGAUCGGGCUGUCUUGGAUGAAGAAUCUAGAGCUGCUAAUGAGCCGCCCUUUACCUGUGGUGCAGCUGAAAGUGCAGUAGCAGAAGUAGAAGUCGCGGAGUUGGCGUAUGACGGCGAAGAGGACUAAGCGCGGCGGCGGCAGUCCCGCACCCUGUCGGAGCAGCUGGGACGGACCGGGCGACUGCUCUUUCACAGACAGACCGAAACACCUCCGGAAAACAGCAAGAAUGCACAUGUAAAAGUUUACGUGAAGAUUUUUGUAAGUUAUUAGGAUAGGAAAUAUAUUCACUGCUGCUUUUCUUUUUUAUCCAGCCCUCUAUUUAAUACACUGAAAAAAAAAAAAAACUCUAGCUAGAAUUCUGUUAUCAAGAUCCACAUUCUUAAAUAUUGUACAUAAAUUGUUACAGAGUCGUACCUGUAUAUUGCUCUCUACUUUUGUGUGUGUGUGUUGUAAAUCAGCAGUUAUAUUGUCAAGUGAAAAUUAAUUGCAUGUUACUAUCUGGGUGAUACAUAUCUUUGUGUCUCUGAUGUAUUUUAUCUUCAUUGAUGGUUUAAAUCAGUGAACACCACAGUGAAGAUAAAAAUAACAGUUUCAAAUAUUGACACGUUUAUCAUCUCUAAAUAAAAAUUGUUUAUUUGAAAUGUUAAUACUAUUUAAAAGAAGAUGACUUUGUAGAACCAAAGAAAAUGUAUUUUAAAGAGCUAUAAUCAUACAAGUAAAGUGGCAAAAUAGCCUUGAUUUAAAUACUGAUUCACUAAUAUCAAGAUACAAGUGUUCCAGUUUCUUAAAAUGUUACAUUUGGUUAUUUUCUAUAUAAUCAGCUUAAAUCUCCACUUGCAGAUUCAGAGGGUUUGCCUCUUUCAGAACACUACCUCUUUUUGCUAAUCAAGGCAUAUUCUUUUCAAAAUACAUAGAGUUCAUAGGCCAAAUGAGUACAGAAAAAAAAAAAAAAAAAGCCAUACAUGCAGUGCAAAUUUCCUAACAAACUUGACUCCUGGUAUUGCAUUUUGGUUUCUGUAUAAGUGACGAUGUUGCUGUUCUGUAUUGUGGCUGGUUUUUGUUUUGUUUUGUUUUUAUCAUAUUUAGCCAACUGAUGCACUUUAUGAUAAUUAAAUUCUUUUGUGCCAAGUUUAACUGGUGAAUAUCUUUAGGAAGUAGAGCUAGCUGAAGUAUAACCUUUCCUGGCUCAGUUAUCAAAGAAGUCUCCUAGGACCUGUGAGGCAGCCAGAGAGAAAAUAUUUGCACUUCUCUCCGCUCUGUGCAGUUUCUGACAUAACCGUGUUUUGUGGGGUCGUGUGAGCUUGCUUUCGUCUCGUCUUGCAUCUGGUAGGUGAUAAGCGUCGCAAUCAUAGAAGCAGUUUGAAAUCCCAGUUGGUAGUGGAACUACAUAAGCUUUCUAAAAUCUGAAGGAAUCUUACUAGAAAGCAAUCUUUUUUAAAAAAAUGUUAUUAAUGUUGUAAUGUGCAUAUUAAAAUGUGGUUGUUUAAAGUUCUACUGACAGAAGUCAGCACAUCAAGUGACUGUUAAUACUUUUUAACAAGACACCUAAGAUAUUAAGCCUUUAUCAAAAUAUGUAGGUAUGCUCUGAAUCACAACAUUUCCCACAAUGUGUAAAAAGUAUGUUUACUCUUCUUGGAGACAGAAGCAAAGAUAAUAAACAAGUCUACCUAUUCAUGUUAAAUUAUUUUAGGCUUUACAAAAAGAUUAGUUGGUACCAUUUUGACUUUAAUAAAAACGUGAUCUUUGCCAAAUCCCAGAUUUAUAAUGCUACGUGUUUAUUUAAAAGAUGCACACACUUCAAAUUCGUCCUCUCAGAAGAUUACAUUUAAGAUUCGGGAUGAGUCAUGAGAAAGUCUGUUUAUUAGGUAACCACUGCUAUUUAUAUUUAGUCGGGUUUUUUGUUAUUUUUAUAAUGCUUUUUACUCUUGAGUAUUCACUGAAUAAAUUAUUUUCUAUAACAA